AUGGGCAUGGAUGACCACGAAUUCCGGCUGCUCACGAUCCCUCCGCCCAUCCACCCCGAGGAUCCGGACUCUCCUCUUCCGGAGACCAUCCUCAUCGACUCGUUCGGCUACCUCAGCGACCGCACCAACGCCACCACUGCCAAUGGCCGCAGGAGCAGGACCAAGAAGAAGGGCAAGCGCAUCCUGGUCACCUUCUGGCCGGCUGCCCCGCCGCGCGUCUCCUGCUUCACCGUCCACUGCCCAGAUCUGAAGCCCGACGCGUACGGCAGCAUCCCCAAGGUCUGCUACACGGAGGACGGCCUCGCCCUGCUCUGCAUCACCAUCUGCCCCGAGCGCCAGUACAUGUAUCCCAAGAACAUCUGCUACUUCGUCUACCAGGCCGGAACCAAGAACACUCCGCCGUCGGUCAAGCUCGUCCACUCGCCCCCCGACUUCACCUUCUUCGACCACGAGGUCGCGUUGCUGCGCCGCCGCGACCAGGACAUGUUCUUCAUCGCCGUGCUCCGCAGGGCCUUCGUUGAGCGGGAGUUCACCGACGGGCACUUUAAUCUCCACCUGUACAGCUCCAAGACAAAGACAUGGAGCACCAAGCUGAUGCACCUUGAUUCGCCGCCGGAUUUUGAGUUCCAUUCUCUCAACAAGGGGAUCACCAUCGGAGGGGAGCAUGGCUCCGUUGGUUGGGUCGACCUUAGGCGCGGCAUUAUCAUCUGUGACCUUCUCCUCCUUGACAGCAACCAGAGCCUUCGCUACGUCCCGCUGCCUUCGCCGCUGUCGCCCGAGCCACUACAGCGUUAUCCGUUGUCUGUUCGGAACAUCGUUGUCCUCCAAGGUUACAUCAAGUAUUUCGAGAUGCACAAUAAUGUCAGACCGAGCUCAUACACUGGAAGCUCCCCGAUAUUAGAAGGUUGGAUUGCUGCAACAAAAAAGAUAAAAAUUUCAAGCAUUGGUUCUGGUAGUAACUGGGAGAAGGACUGCACUAUCAGAUGCUGUGAUGAUGUCCCAGUGGAUAACCCUGUGUAUGCCCAAAUGUUACCUAAUCCGCAGGAGGGUGAUGAUACCAAGCCAAACCUGAAGAAAAUUUGUGUAGGCUAUCCUGCUCUUAGCUUGCAUGAUGGUGAUGUUGUUUACCUCAUGCACACACCUGAUCCCCAUGAGGGUAAGGCCUGUGUGAUUGCUCUUGAUAUGAGGAACAAGACUGUAAAAGGCGUGGCUAAUUUUGGCUCUGGAAGACCCCUGCGUUAUCAUUUCACCUACCUUGAGAGUGGGAUCUCCAAGCAUCUGGGCAUUCUCUUACCGACCAGGUAA